AUGGAUUAUUCGCAACUCAAUAUUGGAUUAGAGAGCAAGUUAAUAUUAGCCGUUGGGCUAACAGCGAUUGAGGAAGCUGUGGAUGAGGUUCUUGCAAUAACGGAGAAAGUUGUCAUACGUGUCGAGGACCUGCUGACAUGGAUUACACACGCUACGGAUUGGCAUUGGGGACUCGGGGCUGUUUGGGGAAAAGGAACUCCAGCUUCCCUCACACCACCUUACACUUUUACAAUAGACAUGGAUGAUGUCAAUAAAGAAAAGGAAGCAUUAGAGACUAACCAUUGGGAAACUCAGACAGGCGUGGUUGUUCUCAGCUACCCUCGCUACUGUAGGUACAGAGGCGUCAUGAAGAGGCUGCAAGGGGUUGAAGAGGAUUGGUUAAGAACUUCGAUGGUGGUUGCACUUGGUGGAUUCACAGCCCCUUGGAAAAACACCAGAAUCCUCUUCUGUAAAGAAACAUUUGAUUAUCCUGAACUAGAGGGUCAUGAGCUGCUCUGCAAUCAUUUAGCUCCAAAAUUAAAAGGACGGCCUCGGAAGCGUAAACGUGCCACCCAGUCGCCAACUGAAUCAGAAACAGAGAGCGAAAGCUCUCAAUCCACAGCCAGUUCCUCAACUUCAAAGGCUAAACCCCUUCCAAAACCGGCAACAGUGAAGCCUCGAUUGAGGUGUACCCUCGAAGUGACAAAAAGACCCACCAGGGGCCCUUCCAUUGAUGAGAGGAAUUUCAUGAAUGCUCUGCACGUUUUCAUGAAAGACAGGAAAACUCCAAUUUCUAGGAUACCAGUUGUAGGUUUUAAAGAAGGAGGUUACGAUGUUGUAACUGCUGGUAAGCUUUGGAAGUAUGUUUAUGAAGUUAUGGGAGGUGACAUGACUAGCACAAGCGCUGCCACUCUUUCUCGUAGACACUAUGAAAAGCUACUUCUUCCAUAUGAAAGACAUGUCAAUGGUGUGAAGACCCCUCAGCCAAAACUGAAACCUUGUCUUCCACCUAUUACAUCUCCACAAGCUAAGGGAUCCUCCUUGCGUAACAUCAGGUUAAAGCAGGAAAAAACAACUGGUGGCAAGGAGAACAUCCCUCAGGAAAAGGGAUCGGAGGGAAAGCUGUCAAACGAGCCCGAAAUAAUAGACCUUGUUAGCGAUGAGCCUCCCGUGAAGAGCGAGGACAGGGGAAACAGACUGCCCAUCUCGGUCACAGCCACCCCACGGGCACUCAGCCCACUGCUGAAGAAGCAGAAGCUGGAAAUCCUGAAAGAGGGAGGCCUAGAGGUAACACCCGUGACCCCAGUCACUGCAAACAGCAGGAACUCCGUGAUAAGGCAAGCAGCUCUUCCUCCACCGAGGCCUGCAUCGCUCAUGUUCAGGGAGUCCAAGGUAUCCAUCACCGUCACUCCAGAUCUCCCCCAUCUCCUUUCACCUCCAGGUCCUUCAAGUGGCAGUAGUAGCAGUAGUGGUAGCAGUAAGAGGGCAGUCUACGGGAAUCCUAAGGAAGUCUUUGUUGCACCGCCUGCACCAUCAGGAGAAGUUCUCGACUUGAGGACAAAACCACGGAUCAAUAUCGGAUCCAAUCUAGAAAUAACACUGGUUCCUCCUAAAAUACAACAUAAACAUCCUAUCCCAUCGCAUGCUCGAACAUUGCCACCUAUAGCUCCAAAACCACUAGGAUACCAAUAUCCUUACAAACAUUCGUACAUGCCCGUUGUUGACCAUCGCCAAGUGUACCUGUCGGCCUCGGCCAUAUACAACAACAUGUAUGCUAGACCCUACGCUCCACAGCAGUUACCGCACAUGGUCUACAGGGAACUCCUUCGAAGGCAAGUCUUCCCCUCGUUGGAUGGGACCACAUCCAUCACUCUUGUGGGUCAGACUCCAACGUCUAAAUGACAUAAACCUACUCUUUAAUUUAAUCCUUCUGUUUAUUUUUGAAUCACACCCAAAUCAAAAUAUCGUUUCUCACUUUACCUUCUUAAUUUUACAAGUUGUAUUUUUUAAAACCCGAUACAUAAAUAAUAUAAAACUUAUUAAUUGCAAUAGUUUUAAAUGGGAAAAUGCUCUGUGUUGUGGGCUGUUUAUAUUGGGGUAAAGUUCCUUGUUAAGCAUAGUAUAUCUAGAAAUGAUUCGGCAUUAGCGUGAAGUAAUUGUGUCGCUUAAUAACAUUCCUUGCUGUCCUGUAUGGCCUUAGUAAUAUGUAAUCGUAUCAUCAUUCAAAAGCUGAGAUGUAAGACUGAAGGGUACUCGUCACCAAAACUAUUUCAAUCUGUAACUUCAUUUCUAAAGCAAAAACUGAAUAAAUAACUGGGUUUCUCUUACUCAUUUAUUUAAUUUCUAUGCCCCAUUUAAGGACGUUAAAAAAUCAACAAACAUUUUUUUAUGAAAUUUAUUCUUAGGUAUUAAGCCUAUUUCAAGUUGCUGUAUAAGUAUACUACUUGAAAUACAACUGUAUCAAUAGUGUACCUGCAAAAUUUUGCAAUCUUAAAAUAAAGAUUUUUCCAUCUCUAUAGCAAAACAAAUGGUUCCUGAUUGAAUGUAGUUCACCAUUUUAACAUUAUUAGCCUAAUCAGUUGCCUAUGACAGGUCAUUACAAAUCUAUAAGUUUUGAAGGAUUUUCGGCCAAUGGAGUUUUUUCUUCUCAAAAAUUAUUUCAGAAGCACUUAUGCAGUUUUGCAGGUAUACUUUUGAUAUGCUUUAUGGAUGAGGCUUUGAGUUAAAGCCGAAACAAAAAGAAAAAUUUUGCUAUAUUUAACCAACUUUGACAUGGAUAUAUCAAUGGAUAUUAAUGUGAUUCGUCAUUCAAAAUUGCUUAACAUUUUUUAUGACAGCAUUGAAAAUGCAAUUAGCUUAGGGCACCUGAAAAAUUUAAAUUGGGUGUAAUUGAGAAUGAUUUCAGGAGAAAAUGUAACAGAAAAGUUACAAUUUUAAUCGUGCAAUUUUAUUGCCUAGUGCUUUGAAGUAGUAAUCUUGGAAACCUUAUCAUACAUUUUAAUUAAACUAUAUUUAAUAUAUGAAAUUAGAUAUAUUUAUUUCUUCCUAAUAUAAAACCAUGAUUGAUACACGGAAUUUUAUUCUGAAAAAAAAGUCAAUGCCUUGUUUAUAUUUUUAGACUUUUCCAUCUAAAAGUUUAAUAAUGUGUUGACAUCAAAACGUAAAAAAAAAACUGAUUGCGACUGAAAAUAACACUUUAAUAUUCAGAUCCCAUUUCCUGUAUCGUAUAUAAAUAUAUAUUUUAUAUAGUACAAAAAUUAAAAGAUAUUAGAUGUUGUAGAUUGUAUGUAUGUGAAUAUGUCACCUUUAAAUUGAAAGAAACUAGGGCCAUUUUUUUUUUAAUGUAUACUUUUAGAUUAAGUUUUUGUAAAUAUAUAUAUAUAUAUACAUAUGAAUACACGGAUAAUGUUUGAAACCCCUAACACUAUUAUAAAUUAUUAUAUAAGAAAAAUAUCUUGUCUCUAAUAGAUAUAGCUUUAACAUUGGAGAAAAUUACAUAUAUUUAUUUAACAUCUAGUUAAUUAUUAAAAGAUGUCUGUGUAAGUAGUUGUAUGAUUUAAAUUGUGUAAUAGGUUUAUGAGAAAUGUUUUAUUUUACAGAUGUUAUAAAAUGUUCAUACUGAGUAACAAUAAGUUAUCAAUGAAGUUACUGUUGAAGUAAUUAUUGAACUUUAAACUUUGGGUCUAUAAAUAUCGAACAUGAAGUUUUCUUGAAAAAAAAUCUGAAAUAUAGAAAUUUCAAUAGAUUUUAAAUACAGAAAUUUUAAUUGUUAUCAUACGAAUGUAUUUACUACAUUCUAAAAACAAUUAUUAGAAAUGAAAGAAUUUUUUUAAGUAAGAUAAAAAGAAAAUUGAGCAAUCAAAAACACAUGUACAUUUUCUAUGUACAUUCGUGUAAUUUUAAUUCUUCUUGUUCCUCUUAUUUUCAUAAUUAUAACUUUUUUAUUUGAAAUAUUCAGAUUUGAUAUAAUGAAGACAAAAAAAAAAAAUUGUAAGUAUUUGUCAAUAGAGUGCAAUGAAAAAAUUAGCCAGUCCGUGUAACUUUAUUUUUUGGCUCAUAGAAUUUAUCUCCUUCGUUUGAUUAACUGUUAAAUAAUAAUCAGCUAUCAAGAACCUUAUAGAUUCUGAUUACUAAUUUUUAACUAUCAAAGACUAAUCUUUUUUUUUUUUUUUUUUACCACCAUUAAAAGUUCUUUUACUAGUCAAACUCUUAAACCAUAAUGGCUGAUUGUUGUCAGUAUGUUUCGUUUGAUUUUUAUUAAAGUUUGUUUUUAUCCAUUAAUGGGAUUUGUUUCUGUGCCAAUAUAUUGACAAUAUUAUUUAUCCGAAAUGUUGUGUUCAUUUGGGUUUUAUAUAUGAAUAUUACAUAUAAUAGCAUUGUUUUCGUUUUCACAUAUUGUUUGUAAAAAGUUAAUUUUAAUUCUUUUUUUGUAUGUAAGUUAAGGAAAUAUAGCUUUAUUAGAGUAAAUGUGGAUAUAACAAUAAAGAUUGAUAUUACCUAGUUUUAUAGAUAUUCUAAAUGUUACUUAAUCGAGAAAAUAAAUAAAUACAUUUUAAAAAAAUUCACUCACUGUUCUAAGUGUUUUAUUGUAUAUGUGUAAUUUGGAAAUGUGUGUUUGUCAUAUAAUGUAUGUGUGUUUUUUACAUGAAAGCCAUGUAGAAAAAAGUGAUGAUUCUGAAUUUUUUUUUUUUUUUAAUAUUUAAGUUAUUGUGAUGAAUAUUAGUCAGUAGAAAUGUUUUGUACAAAAUAAUUGUUUAAGAAUAAUUAUAUAUACAUAAGAAUAUAUUAUACAUACAGAGUUAAAUAUUAUUUUAUGUAUGCAAAUGUAUGUUAAUGCUUUAAAACUGAAAAGAAAUUACAUAACAUAUUUUAUUGAGAGGUGGGUGAUUAAAAUAGCUUUGAAGUUGUGAAUUUCCAAACUGCUCGUUUAUAUUUUUCUUUGUACUAUUUCUUAUAAAAAAAACAAAACCAUUGAAGCACAACUUUUGAAUUUUGACCCACGUUUCUUUUGUAUAAUAUCUUUUUUUUUUUUACAUCUAUAAAUUAACUUGUAUAUUUUUAUGGGAGAGUAAAUUUUUCAGAACAGCAGUAUAGUUUGCUGUAAUUGUGUUUAAUUGAAAAUGUGAAAAUUAGAUAUUAGUUGUAGCCAUAGAAAGUAGAGCUCUAGUUAUAGAUUUAUAGUGUUUUGAGAAGUAGAGCUUUAUGUAAAAAAUGUGGAGUUAAUCGAGUGCAUUGAAAAUUCGAAACACAUGACGUAAAUGUGUGAAAUUAAUUUUUAUAAUACAUAUUUAAGAAAAGAAACGAAGAAUAUAAUAAACAAAAAAAGAGCCCAUUGCCAUUUUACUUUUUUCAAAGAAGGAUAUCAUUACAAAUAUUAUUUCCUUAAAAUAAUUAAAAUAUGUAUCUCUUUUUUAAAAAAUAAGUAGGGGUAGAUAUAAAUGACAAGUAAUUUAGCCUAUCCGAUAGUGGUUCUUAUAUAUUUAUAUAUCCUCUAUACCACUAUAUUGUCAGAGUUCUAUUUCCUUCCCAGUCAGUUUAAAAUUGUAUGCUUUUAAAAUUUAUAUAAAUAUGGCAAAUCGAAAGUGUGUUGGCUUUUUUUUUAUCUAGUUACUGUGAUGUCUUACUAAGUUAUCUUAAGUUAUGUACAUCUUUUACUUUUAUAAUGGAAAUAUAUAUGUAAAUACAUAAAUAUAUAUAUCUAUAACUUA